AAUGCGGUGUCCCAUUUAGCGACGACACCAUUACUGAACGCCGUGCUGUUACAUCACUUUGGUCCCGUGACGCCUCGCCCCUGGCCAAUGCGCUCCCUCAUGCGGGGUGUCAUUUCUCUGUGGCCCAUGGCCAUUCUUUUACCUUACCAGGCCACUUGGAUAACUUGGUAUGAAACGGCAGGUUCGGCAUUUAUUCCGACUCCUUCUUCCAUACUUCGUCGACGGCCGGAUUUGCUGGAUACGGACGAGUGGCGGUAUUUCAGAUAUAAAGCAAUAACUGGUUCUUUUGCUGCCACGGCUGCUCUGGAUUUGGUUCUUUACCCCCUUCAGACUCUCUGCUGGCGUUCCCUACUGGCGGAAGUUUAUCGACCUGCACCAUCGCCAAGCUACGGAAGGCGACUUUACGCCGGUUACGGUUUUCGUUUUGCUGGAAAUGUAAUGGCACUGGUGACCACGACGUUAUCUUUUUCCUUUUUGGGAGUACUGUAA